AUGGAGUUUCUAGCCAUCGCCUUUGCCGGCGUGCUUGGUAAUAUAUGUUCUAUUCUAUCAUUAUCCACCACCUCCACGGGCUGGUUCAACAGCUUGUGCAGCCCAGGGGAUAUAUCGAGCGUCCUCGGUCCGCACCUGUCAAGUGGAGCUCACAUCUACCUCCCUGGCUCCGAUCAGUUUACACAGGCUACGACCCGAUGGUCAGCUUAUCAGGCGCCCAAUUUCACUGUUAUUGUGAAGGUUGCGACCGAGAGUGAUGUGGGAGAGACGGUCAAAUAUGCCAACAAACAAAAUAUUCCGUUCAUCGCUGUCAACGGCGGCCAUGGGGCGAUCAGAUCGCUUGAAGAUGGAAAGACUGCUACUAUCGGCGGUGGAGCUUUGUCAAAGCAGAUCACGGAUUCCCUCUGGACAAAGGGCAAACAGACCGUCACAGGUAUCUGUGAAUGUACAAGCCUGCUAGGUCCUGGUCUUGGUGGUGGCCAUGGAAUUCUUCAGGGACGGUAUGGUCUCAUUGCCGACCAGUUUGUCUCGUUGAACGUAGUACUCGCCAACGGAAGCCUCAUUACCGUUGGUGAAGAAUCAGAUUUGUGGUGGGGUCUGAAAGGUGCGGGCCAUAAUUUUGGCAUCAUCACCUCUGCUACCACAAAGAUAUACGAUGUUCCCGAUGAUGGCGUCUGGUCGUAUAUCAGAUUUAUCUACACUCAUGACAAAGUUGAGGACCUUUAUGAGGCUAUCAACACGCACCUUCUGAAGAAUGGGACUCAACCAGUGGACUUUUUCAGUUACUCUUUAUUUUUUAACUUGCCUAGCUUAGAUCCGGACCAUUCACUCAUUGCAUUCUUUAUACUUCAAGGAGGCACCGCCUCAGUUGAAUCCCAAUACGCAGAUCCAUUCAAGAAGAUGGGCCCCGUGAUGAUGAAAGGCGACCAUGGUAGCUUCAAGGACAUUGCGAAAUGGACUGAUAUGGCAACCGAUUCCCCUCCAUCGCUGAAUAACUCGUUUUUCCUCUUCGAAGGCUACUCAGUCCAGGGAGUACAAUCUAUCCCCUCGGAUUCCACCGCUUUCCCGCACCGCGAAGCGAAUCUACUGGUCGCACCGGUAGUGACAUACGAGCCUGGAGACAAAAAGCUUGAAUCUGAGGCUUUCCAGUUUGGCGAGACGCUUCGUGAAAUUAUUUUUCAAGGAAGUGACGAGAAAGAAAUGUAUAGCUAUGUCAACUAUGCGUCCGGUAACGAAGGGCCGCAGAGUUGGUAUGGAUAUGAGCCAUGGCGGUUGGAGAAGCUGCGAGUGCUGAAGGAGAAGUAUGAUCCGGACAAUCGACUUAGCUUCUAUGCACCUUUUGUUUGA